UGCUGCUGAGGAAGCAGCAGCAGCAGCAGCAGCAGAUGAUGGUAGUGGAGUGGGUAAGCGACUGCACUUGGGGGUAUCUGAGCGCAGCAGCAGCAGCAGCAGCAGCAACAGCAGCGGUGGUGGGAGCCGCCGCAGCAGCAGGAACGGCAGCCGAUCAAGCAGCAGCAGCAAUCUGAGAGGAAGCAGGGGCCCCCACGCUUCAGGGCACACCUGCAGCGACGCCGAAACCAGCAGCAGCAGCAGCAGCAGUAGCAGCAGCAGCAGUGGCGUAGGUGAAGGCAGCGCGAUGCGGCGGACGAGCAGCAACCGUUACAGCAGCAGCAGCAGCAGCAGCAGCAGGUUGCUGCAGCUGCACGGUUUCAUAAGCAGCAGCCCCUCCUUCUCUCUAGCGAAUCGCCCGUCCCUACCCAUCACGAUCAACAGCAGCAGCAGCAGCAGCAGCAGCAGCAGGAGUGGGAGGGUGCGUCUUGGCGGAGAAGAUUCUUUAUUGCGUUUGUUUCGUUCAGAGUUGUUCGACUCGCACUUUCACAUGUUUUAUUUGUUUAAAAGAAAAGAAGAGGGGGUGCAUGAGUACUUAGUGCAUCUGCUGUACACCCGAAGAAACAUCGCAGACAUCAAUUACUAUCUGCCGCAGCUCUGCCAGCUAGCACUCACAAGAGCUUUGCUGAAGAUAAAAUACCUGGUAGCUGCUGCUGCUGCUGCUGCUGCUGCUGCUGCUAAUGCUGCUGCUGCUAAUGAUGCUUAUGCUGUUGCUGCUAUUGAUGCUUAUGCUGCUGCUAAUGCUGCUGCUGCUGCUGCUAAUGAUGCUGCUGCUAAUGGUGCUUAUGCUGCUGCUGCUGCUAAUGGUGCUUAUGCUGCUGCUGCUGCUAAUGGUGCUUAUGAUGCUGCUGCUGCUAAUGAUGCUUAUGCUGCUGCUGCUGCUAAUGAUGCUUAUGCUGCUGCUGCUGCUAAUGAUGCUUAUGCUGCUGCUAAUGCUGCUGCUGCUAAUGAUGCUUAUGCUGCUGCUGCUAAUGCUGCUAAUGAUGCUUAUGCUGCUGCUGCUAAUGCUGCUGCUGCUGCUGCUGCUGCUGCUGCUGCUGCUGCAGGGUUGGAAGAGGCUGCGCAGAAGAUGACGCAGGAAGUAGAGAUGGCUUUGGUCAACAGCAAACCCCUGGGGCAUGCAAUGUACAUGCGCUCAGCCAGCAGCAGCAGCAGCAGCAGCAGCAGCAGCAGCGGCAGCAGCAGCAGCGGGAAGGUUGGGAACGCCUGCAGAAGUCUUUCUGCUGUGCUAGGACAGACGCAGCAGCACCAGGAGCAGCAGCAGCAGAAGCUGCAGCAGCAGCAGAAGCAACCCCACACGGACCUAUUCAAGCGACACACGCUGCUGCACCUGCUGUGGCAGCAGCAGCAGCAGCAGCAGAUUCCUCCGCAGCAGCUGCAGCGCCUGUCGAGGGCCUUGUGUGCUGCUGACGUUGAAGAGCCCAUACAAACUGCAGCAGCACCACCACCACGUGCAGCAGCAGCAGCAACAGCAGCAUCACCAUCAGCAGCAGCAACAGCAGCAGCAGCAGACCAGGCCGAGCGACGAACAGACCCACCUCAACAGCUGCAGCUGCAGCAACAGCAGCAGCAGCAGCAAAAUCGUCAAGAACAACGACAAGAGCAGCAGCAGCAUCACCAUCAUCAGCAUCACCAUCAGCAGCAUCAUCAUCAUCAGCAGCAGCAUCAGCAUCAGCUGCAGCAGCAGCAGCAGCAGCAGCAGCAAGUGGCGCCCUUUCUUGCAGCACUAGACCCUGCUGAGCAGACGCGUUUGCUUCCUCCGCGUUUACCUGCUGCUUUCAAUCAACAUGUUGGUCCUGUCUCAGUCGCAGGAGCUAGGGCGAAGCUUCCUUCUGUGUACGCGAAGCUGGGCAAUCCGUUAGCGCUGACGACACUGUCUCCGCCGAAUCUCUGCUGCGGUUGCUGCAGCAACAGCAGAAGCAGCAGCAGCAGCAACAGCAGCAGCAGCAGCAACAGCAGCAUGGGGUGUACGGACAGCUGCGUUGCAGUUGAGCUGCACCAGUUUGUAAUGAAGCAGCGGCGCUGCGAUUAUUUUAAUGCUUUAAACCACUUCGUAUCUCUUCUUAUUGACGUCAGCAACAUUCUUGCUGCAGAACCAGACAGAACUAUCAGGCCUGCGCUAUUAUAUAACAUGUGUGAAAGUUUAAACUCUUGGUUGUUGUCUCGCCGUUUGUUUGUUGCUGCAAGCGGAGGAGAUUUUAGUUUAGCAGGGGUAACUAUACCUUUAGAAGAAGUAGGAGCAGAGCCUAUGCAUCACUGCAGCAGCAGCAGCAGCAGCAGCAGCAGCAGCAGCAGCAGCAGCAGCAGCAGCAGUGGUGGUGGUGGUGGUGAAGGGGGCCGUGCGAUGCACGGGGGUUAUAGUAGAGGCAUCUACAGCAGCAGCUUUGUCUCUGCAGCAGCAGGAGCAGCAGCAGCAGACGCUGCAGCUGCAGCUGCAGCAGCAGCAGCAGCAGCAACGCAUCGACCUGCUGUGCAGCUGCUGCGAAUAGAAAGCAGAGACAGCAGAACGCUCAGCUCUAAGAAGAGAGCCCCAUACCUUCUUAUUGUUGAAGUUUGUAAUCUCGAUGAGGAUUUGGAGCAGUUCUCAGAUGACUUGGAGGUGCAGCGAGAAGAAGUGCAGCAAAAGCCGCUCUUCAUUUACAACUGUCUUCUUAAAGAAUUAAAAGUAUAA